UUUCUCAACAAAUUGUAAAUAAAAUGUGUUUUAUCGUGAAACUCGUGUAGUUUUUUUGUCUGGGAAAAUGCUGGAAAUCGAUGGGAGUGUACUGGAGGGUGGUGGGCAAAUUCUCCGAAUUGCCAUGGCACUGAGUUGCUUGUGCAGGAUUCCGAUAAAAGUGAUAAAAAUCCGCGCAGGACGAAGUAAGCCCGGUUUGGCGGCACAGCAUGUUCAGAGUGUUGAAUUGUGUCGUUCCCUGUGCAAAGCACGCGUUAUGGGGGCACACAUUGGGUCUACGGAGGUGGAAUUUCAUCCGCAAUCCAUCAUUGGGGGGCGCCACAGUGCAGACACAAAGACAGCCGGAAGUAUUGCACUCCUUGUGCAGGCUGCUCUCCCUGUGGCCCUGUUCAGUUCAUCACCUGUUGAGCUGAGUCUCCGUGGGGGCACAAAUGCCGAUAUGGCACCCCAAAUUGACUACAUAACGGAAGUGGUGAGGCCUAAUUUUGAGAAAUUCGGAGCAACCUUUGAGUAUGAACUCCUCCGGCGUGGUUACUUCCCCAAAGGUGGUGGCCACUGUGUGUUCAGCUUGCGCCCCAUUGAGAAACUCAAGCCCGUGGUGAAUGUGGAUGUGGGACAGGUGGUUAAGGCAUACGGAUGGAGUUUUGUAGCUGGUUCGCUGCCACUUCGCCUAGCUGAACAAAUGGCCGAAGGAGCACGCCGAGCAAUGGCCAAGAUCUCCCUGGAGGUGGAAGAAUACAAAGAAUCCGCCUCAAUGGCUCCGGAUAACUGUUCAGGUGUCAUCUUGUGCUGUCAAACGUCAACGGGAUGCCUUCUUGGUGGCUCUGCACUGGGAAACCGCAAGGAGGAACCCGCCGAAACGGGUCGAAAGGCUGCACGAGAGAUCAAAGAUGCCCUCAAUCUCGGGGUGUGCGUGGAUGAACACAUGCAGGAUCAGAUAAUUAUUCUCAUGGCACUAGCCGAUGGGGAGAGUCGCGUGCGUACGGGACCCAUUACCCUCCACACACGCACUGCCAUCCACGUGGUUGAACUCAUGACAAAGGCAACAUUCACACUCAUCCCCGAGGGCGAGACCACCAUCAUCGUCUGCCAGGGCAUUGGACUGAAGAAUUCCCACUCCCUCAUUUAAUCUCCACGCCUUUCCUCCUUCUUCCCCAUCCCUAUAUUAUGUAUUUCAUCUUCUUCCUCUCUUCAUUACAUAAAUUUAUAAAAAUCAAUUUAUACUUCAUAUUUAUAAUUCAAGAAAAAAAUAAUUAAAGUGAAUCCUGAAAGGA